CAGGCCCCUUGCCACAGCCAGAUCCACGGGGACCCGACCUGAGCCCAGCCAGCCCGAGACUGCGCCAUGCGGGGCCCGAGCGCGGCUCCGCGGCUGCUCCUGGCCCUGCUCCUGGGCCUGCGCACCGUGCUCAACGGGAUGGAGGUGCGGUGGUGCACUACCUCCGACCCGGAGCAGCAGAAAUGCAACGACAUGAGCAAGGCCUUCCAGGAAGCCCAGGUCCAGCCCUCCCUCCUCUGCAUCCAGGGCACUUCUGCUGACCACUGCAUCCAACUCAUCACGGCCCAGGAAGCUGAUGCCAUCACUCUAGACGGAGGAGCCAUUUAUGAGGCCGGGAAGGAGCACGGCCUGAAGCCAGUGGUGGGAGAGGUGUAUGAUCAAGAGGUUGGGACCUCCUAUUACGCCGUGGCUGUGGUCAGGAGGAACUCCAAUGUGACCAUCAACACCAUGAAAGGCGUGAAGUCCUGCCACACAGGCAUCAACAGGACGGUGGGCUGGAACGUGCCUAUCGGCUACCUGAUCGAGAGCGGCCACCUCUCCGUGAUGGGCUGCGAUGUGCUCAGAGCCGUCAGUGAGUACUUCGGGGGCAGUUGUGUUCCUGGGGCUGGAGAGACCAGCUACUCGGAGUCCCUCUGUCGCCUCUGCCGGGGUGACACCUCUGGACAGGGUGUGUGUGACAAGAGCCCCCUGGAGAGGUACUACGACUACAGCGGGGCCUUCCGGUGCCUGGCAGAAGGGGCAGGCGAUGUGGCCUUUGUAAAGCACAGCACAGUGCUGGAGAACACGGAUGGGAAGACCCUGCCUUCCUGGGGCCAGACACUGCUAUCAAAGGACUUUCAGCUGCUGUGCAGGGACGGCAGCCGUGCUGACGUCACCGAGUGGAGACAGUGUCACCUAGCCCGGGUGCCAGCUCAUGCUGUGGUGGUCCGGGCCGACACCGACGGGGGCCUCAUCUUCCGCUUGCUCAAUGAAGGCCAGCGUCUGUUCAGCCAUGAGGGCAGCAGCUUCCAGAUGUUCAGCUCUGAGGCCUAUGGGCAGAAGAACCUGCUCUUCAAGGACUCCACCUCAGAGCUCGUGCCCAUCGCCACCCAGACCUACGAGGCCUGGCUUGGCCACGAGUACCUGCACGCCAUGAAGGGUCUGCUCUGUGACCCCCACCGGCUGCCCCGCUACCUGCGCUGGUGUGUGCUGUCCACACCCGAGAUCCAGAAGUGUGGAGACAUGGCCGUGGCCUUCAGCCGGCAGAGACUCAAGCCAGAGAUCCAGUGUGUGUCGGCCGAAUCCCGCAAGCACUGCAUGGAGCAGAUUCAGGCUGGGCACGUUGACGCUGUGACCUUAAGUGGCGAGGACAUUUACACGGCAGGGAAGAUGUAUGGCCUGGUCCCAGCAGCUGGGGAGCUCUAUGCUGAGGAGGACAGGAGCAACUCCUACUUCGUGGUCGCCGUGGUGAGGCGGGACAGCUCCGACGCCUUCACCUUGGACGAGCUGCGCAGCAAGCGCUCCUGCCACCCGGGCUUUGGCAGCCCUGUGGGCUGGGAUGUACCUGUGGGUAACCUCAUCCAGAGGGGCUUCAUCCGGCCCAAGGACUGUGAUGUGCUCACAGCCGUGAGUGAAUUCUUCAAUGGUAGCUGCGUGCCCGUGAACAACCCCAGGAACUACCCUUCGUGGCUGUGCGCGCUCUGCGUGGGGGACGAGCAAGGGCGCAACAAGUGCGUGGGCAGCAGCCAGGAGCGGUACUACGGCUGCAGCGGAGCCUUCAGGUGCCUGGCGGAGAAUGCGGGGGACGUCGCCUUCGUGAAGCACACCACUGUCUUUGAGAACACAAAUGGCCACAAUCCUGAGCCCUGGGCUGCCAAGCUCCGGUGGCAGGACUAUGAGCUGUUGUGCCCCAAUGGGGCGCGGGCAGAGGUGGACCAGUUUGAAGCCUGCAAUCUGGCACAGAUACCAUCCCAUGCCGUCAUGGUGCAUCCAGACACCAACAUCUUCACCGUGUAUGGACUGCUGGACAAGGCCCAGAGCCUGUUUGGAGAUGACCACAACAAGAACGGGUUCCAAAUGUUCGACUCCUCCAAGUACCACAGCCAAGACCUGCUUUUCAAGGAUGCUACCAUCCGCACAGUGCCCGUUGGAGAAAAAACCACCUACCUCGACUGGCUGGGGCCUGACUACGUGCUGGCGCUGGAAGGGAUGCUGUCUCAGCAGUGCUCGGGCGCAGCCGCGCCCCGCGGGGCCCCCUUGAUGCCGCUGCUCCUGCUGCCCCUCGCGGCCGGCCUCCUCCCGCGCUCCCUCUGAAGGCGGCUGGGCCAAUCUGGCAGCCUCGGAAUGGAAUGGAGACCUACGCAGAGGCCCGCCGAGGAGGCAGGCCUCGCAGGAAGUCAGUUAACACCGCUAGAGAAGCGUGGGAUGGGAGAGGCAAUGUGAGGAACCACACACACACACACACACACACACACACACACACACACACACAGGACUCUCCGGAUGUACGAUUCUGACCCAAAGAGAACUUUCUGGAAUCCAGAUGAAUGUUAUGGCCUGGCCCCUCUAAGGAGCUCGGCUCCUGGCCCUGGCGACCUGAGGCUGCUGGCAAGCAGCCCAGGCUGGCAGAGCUUCCCACAGACCUGCAGCCUUCCACCUGCAGCUUCCCCAGGCUGGCUGGGGAGGAGGCCAGUUGCCAGGGCAACUGCUGGGCAGGCUUCCCCGGGCGUGGGGCCACCUGGGGAGGUGUGAGCGCCGCCUGCAGGUGCCACUGCCCCUUCUGAGAGGACCUGCCCCACCUCUCUUCCUGAGGGUGCUGUGCCCUCAGGAGGGCAUGCCCUCAGAGGAGACGGGGCUGCUGGACACCUCAUCUUUGUCCUCAUCUUCCGUGGCUCCAGCGGGCCUAGCUUACUGCACAGUAGAUUUUAACCAAGCCCUUUGGAGGGGAGAAGUCCUCCUCCUGAACUGUGAGGAUGGAAUCCUCCAGGGCACCCCCAGAACGAGAAAAUGUUCCCCAGUAAGAAAGCUUGAACAGGGUCGGGGAAGUGUCCUGCCUCACUUCCUUCGGUUGGAAAUGUCCUGCCUUGCAGUGAAUUUCCUACACCAGCUUUAUGUGGUGUUAAGCCACUCCUGGGUUUCCUCUUUUGGAGUUACCUUCUUCCCCGCCCCUCAGCCUAGGCCAGGGCACUUGUCAGUCAGCAGGCAGCCCUAGACCUGGCCAGCGAAAGGCCCUUUUGAAGAGCUGUGCCUGAGGAGAGGCCAAGGUAGUGGGGAGAGCAGGGUCUCCUCUCCUGGCCCCCAUAAGUGGGGUCAGGAACGGUGUCUGCUUCUGACCCCUGUGAAUAUCACCAGAAAGCCCAGAGAAGGCCCUCCACUCCACUCCCCUCCAUUGUGCCACGGUUCUCUGAAGAGCCAGAAAGAAAGUUUCCCAAAAGUGUCAGCUUUUACUCCAAAAAUUUCUCCCUUAAAGAAAAAAAGAGAGAGAGAGAGAGAGAGAGAAGGAAAAGAAAAGAAAUAGGAGCAAGCAGCCCUGUCUGCUGACUGGGAGCUGUGUGGGCAGGGAGCUAUUUGUAUCCUGGCCUGUGGGGGCCUCCAGGAUCCUGAUGACAGGCCAGGAGCCCAGUGGCUUGCCCCCACCUGUGGGUGUCGGGACAGAUCCCUUCUGUCUCUCCGCAGCAAGGGAGGCCCUGGAAGUGUGCUGGCCAGUGCCACGUCAUUCCGAGGAGACCCGGUCACCAUGCUGGGUCAGCCCUCACUCCUCUGCCUUGGUGACCAGCUCUGCCCCCUCUUCACUGGACAGAGCCAGUGACUGAUGACAAGACGAUUGACGUGUUUUUAAGGGAGAUUUGUGCCAUAAAAGUGCAUUUCUAGUGGCUGCCUUGGGCUAGCAAGCUUCCCAGGGUGUGACACCUUGGCUGUGUGUGAAGGCGUGACUCGUGUGAGUGCUGUGUACGUGACGUGACGUGACGUCUGGUGGUCACGUGGCAGUCAGGGGACCACCACUGUGAGCGUUGAUGAAAGAUGUUGGCUCGAUUUUAAAUAAAGCCUAACAGCCCUGCACAUUCACGGGUUGGAUUCUGACGGAA